AUGGUCCAGUACUUGACGAGCCAAAAUGGAUGGGAUCCUACCAGAGGUCCUGCAGGCGUUAUACGAUGCGAUGCCGAUUCACCUUGCGAUACACGAUUGGGUGGAUCCGUCAUUAGUGUGGAAAGCAUCAUGCUGGUGGUGGGAGGGCUAAACGCUUUCAUCCAAGCCAUCUUGUUAACCACCAUUGGAUCGCUGGCCGAUUAUGGAAACAAUGGAUCACACAUGCUACUUAUUAUCACGCUGAUAUCUUGUGCAGCCCAAAUCGUUUUUCUUGUAUUCGACGAAGAAUCCAGUUCCUAUUGGGGUGUACCUUUGGCUGUGGGUCUUGUUUUCCAAGUCAGCUAUGGUGCAUCGCUUGUAUUCUAUUGGGCUAUUUUUCCACAAUUAGCUAUUAAUGAACCCAAAGUGCGGGCUGCCAAGCGUGAAAAGGUGGAUCCAGAAGAAUACAUGGUCAUUGAAUCCAUUGCACGUAACCAUAUCUCCGCCGUAUCAACCGCAUGGUCCAAUAUCGGGUUUCUCGUGAUAUCCGUUCUCAAUAUUGGCGUUGGACAAGCAAUGGCAUCUCGAUACAAUACGCCUGUCAAUCAACUGCCAAAGUAUACGAAUUCAAUAUUCAGUGCAAUGUGUGGUGGCUAUUGGCUGCUAUGUGCCAUCCCUUGGUUUGUGCUGCAAAAGAAUCGACCAGGUCCACCGUUGCCACCCAACACCAAUUAUUGGACACUUGGAUGGAGAAAAGUGGGUCGUGCAUUACGUGAAUACCACCGAUUACCGCAAACAUUCUUGUUCUUUGUCGGCUACUUUUUCUUGAUGGAUGCAGUGAGCAGCCACAAUCAGGUGACACAGGUGCUUACAUAUAGCAUGACCGAUUACAAUGGUCUUGUUCAGACGUAUAUGAAUCUCGUCAACUCGGCAUGUUCCAUCAUUGGCUGCUUGCUCUUUCUUUACCUCCAAAAGCGGUUUCAGCUCGCUACCAAGACGAUGCUUCUCAUAUCGACAGGAUUUACAUUGGCUAUUCCAUUAUGGGGUUGUUUUGGUCUAGGCACUGAUAUGAUUGGAUAUCAUCAUGUUGUUGAAUUGUGGAUUUACAAUGCGUGGUUUGGCAUCUUUACUGCUCCUUUUUAUGCAUAUUCACAGACACUGAUGUCGGAGCUGAUUCCCAUGGGAUGUGAAAACAUGUUCUUUGCACUCUUUGGCAUCACAAGUAAGGUCGCCCAAUUCUUUGGUCCUGCUGUUGUCGGAGGGAUUACUCAAGGCACACGCGAUGCACGUACUGGAUUCAUUUAUUGUACGCUUUGUCAAUUCCUUGCCCUUGUCAUUAUUUCCUUUGUCAACAUGGAGAAGGCUGAGAUUCGACUACGUGUAUACGAGGAACAAGAACGUCGUAAAUCCGAAACUGUACAAGAUUUACUUGACCACAUGCAUUCACCAUUACCGCCGCCACCUCCAUCACCUCCAUUGAACGCUACGCCUGAUAUCGAUUCAUCCAUCUAUACCACACCCUAUCAUCCAGCACCCUUGUAUGAAAAGGAUCACGAUUAUCAACAUCAUCGUCAUCAUGAACCAGAAACGGAUCGUUAUGGAUUUUGA